GAAAAAGAAUGUCAGAUCUUGAAGAAAGAGUUGGUAAUUUAGAUAUAGAAGACUCUGGUAACAUAUCAUCAGAUGAGUCAGAUUUCUCUGAUUUUGAGGAUCAAAAACCAUCAAAUAAUAGUGCAACAACUACAUCAACUUCCAAAAAUACAGAUGAUAAAGCUGCUAUUUUAAGUAAAUAUUCUGACAGGAUUAAAACUGAUGAAUUUUUAUUUAAGAACAAACAAAUCUCAAAAGAUAAAGCUGAUCGUGCCACUUUUGAUAACGUUUUAGAUCCAAGAACUAUUGGGUUUAUUGUUAAAUUGUUGAAAAAGGGUACAAUUACCAAGAUUAAUGGUUGUAUAAGUACUGGUAAAGAGGCAAAUGUUUAUCACGCAGUUGAUGAAACAAGUGGGAGAGAAUAUGCUGUCAAGAUUUAUAAAACUUCAAUUCUAGUUUUUAAAGAUAGAGAACGUUAUGUUGAUGGUGAAUUUAGAUUUAGAAAUUCAAGAAGUCAACAUAAUCCAAGAAAAAUGAUCAAAAUUUGGGCUGAAAAGGAAUUUAGAAAUUUGAAAAGAUUAUAUUCAAGUGGUAUGAACACUCCAGAACCGAUAGAUUUAAAAUCUCAUGUUUUAGUUAUGGAAUUUUUAUCAAAAAAUGAUGAUGCAGGUUCACCAUCUCCAAAAUUAAGAGAUUAUCAAUUUGAAGAUUUUGAAGAAAUUACAAAGUUUUAUCAUCAAAUGAUUCAUGAUAUAAGGUUUAUGUUUCAAAAAUGUCGUUUAGUUCAUGCUGAUUUAUCUGAAUAUAAUUCUAUUGUGCAUCAAGGGCAAUUAUAUAUAUUUGAUGUUUCUCAAUCUGUUGAACCUGAACAUCCAAUGAGUUUAGAUUUCCUAAGAAUGGAUAUUAAAAACGUUAAUGAUUUCUUUAUGAAGAAGGGAAUAGAUAUAAUACCUGAAAGAUUGAUUUUCAAAUUUGUUAUUGAAGAUUUGAAAAAUUUAGGAAUUGAAAAUGAUUCUACCCAAGAUUUAAUGAAUUAUAUUGAAAAUAUGCCAAUAAAGACAACUGAAGAAGAGAUUGAAAAUGAUGAAGUUUUCAGAUCUAUUCAUCUUGUUAGAUCUUUAAAUCAUUUGGAAGAGAGAGAUUUUGAUAAUUUUACAGCUGGUAAAGUUGAUACAUUAAAAGCAUUAGUUGAUGAUAGAGAUGAAGAUGAUGAGGAGGAUGAAGAUCAAGAGAGUGACGAGGAAAGUGACGAUGAAGAUUACGAUAGUGCAGAUGACGAAGAUGAUGAAGAAGAAGAUGGUGAUGCUAAACCUAAAAAGAAAUGGGUUGAAAGACCUAUUGAGUUGAAAGGUAAAAAACAUGAAGAUAAAGAUGCAAAGAAAGAAAGAAAACAAAAGGCAAAAGAUGAUGCUAAAGAGAAGAGAAAAACCAAAAUGAAGAAGCAUGUAAAGAAAAAACUUGUAAACAAGGGUAAAUCUAAAUAGAUCAUAAAUACAACAGAAUAGAAAAAUAUUAGAACUUGUAGUCAGUUUACAUAG